AUGCUGCGAUCAUGGUUGCACAAUGGCCCAAAAACCUACCGGUUGACAAGAAACAGAGCUUGGUGUACCGCUUUCGCUGCCCAGCAACAGGACAACCAACACCCUGUACUUACAUAUCAGACAAGGAGAUACAAUGCGCCACCGUGGAGACCGGCUUCUACACUAGACGAAUGGGUCGGGAAAGAAGCCAGACCAAUAAGUCUCAGACAGCUCAUGGUCUUUGGCCGUUCCCUCACAGAAGCACGACUGAUAAGCUCUGCCAACUAUGUACGAACUGAGCUACCUACACGGUUGGCCCAUCGAAUACGGGAUAUGCAGACGCUUCCGUACGUCGUUGUAACGAACCCGCAUAUCAGCCAGGUCUACGAGCUGUACUAUAAAGCCUUCGAGAGUCUACGACGAGUACGCGAGAUCAAGAGCUUGGACGACAACGAGAAAUUCUGCAAGAAGAUCAGCCAGACGUUGCAGGAGCAUCUAACGGUUAUACCAAAGCUUGCAAUGGGUGUGUUGGAGUGUAGGGAAUUAAUGAAGCCAGAAGAUAUGGAUAAGUUCAUGAAUACGAUUCUCAGAUCUCGUAUCUCCCGUCGUGUGAUAGCAGAACAGCACCUUGCUCUCACUGAAACCUUCCACUCCCCCUGGCACUUUCCCGACGCCCAACCACCACCCACGACACAAACCGAAUUUGUUGGCGAAGUCUUCCUGAAAUGCAACGCCCGCGAAGUUGUCACAAAAUGCUUCACAGCCGUCGAAACGCUCUGCGCCGCAACCUAUGGGCCAUAUACCGUUCUCCCUGCCAUAAAACUGUCUGGGCACCUGGACGCAACAUUUCCAUAUAUUCUCUCACACCUGGAAUAUAUCAUUGGGGAGUUGCUGCGGAAUAGCAUGCAAGCCAUGGUUGAGCGGCAGAAGACACGCCCAAGAGGAUGGGAUACCACAUCGCCUCCUCCCAUCGAAGUUACAGUAUGCGAAGCACCCCAGCAUGUGAUUAUUCGAGUCAGUGACCAGGGAGGCGGAAUACCACGAGAUAUCCUCCCGUAUCUAUGGAGUUUCAGUAAAGGACCGAGAUCCUCCCAGCGACUGGAAAAUCUGACGCAGGUCCCCAAGAUGGCUGCUACACUACAGGAGUUGCGCGUAUCAUCCGCGGACAUGCCUUCAAACCAAUCAAUUCCCUCUGAUACCCAUAUUCACACACCAGUGUCCUCACCGUCGCCCUCACCCUCACCCUCGCCAUCAACCUCAACCUCUACGUUCUCCCCACCACCCAGUAUAUCCGGACACGACAGCUCUCUCAGCAGUCUGUCCAGCCGACCCCCAAAUCUGAGACUUGGUAUGGGUCUCCCCCUUAGCAGAGUAUACGCCGAGUACUGGGCCGGUAAUCUAGAAUUGCACAGCCUAGAAGGGUAUGGAGUCGAUGCGUUCCUCCAGAUUAGUAAGUUGGGGAAUAAGAAUGAGCAGUUGACCAUGAGAGCAAGUAUGGAUGCCGUGUAG